AGCAGUUGCAAAAUGGCCGCCGCGCCUCAGGGGCCCGCCUCGUCCGCCGCCGCCACCCCGCCGGGCCCGCUCCCGGCGCCCACCGAGAGCAAGAAGCUCGCGGAGCUGCGCGUCAUCGACCUCAAGUCCGAGUUGAAGCGCCGCAACCUGGACGUGGCCGGCGUCAAGACCGUCCUUAUCGCCCGCCUCAAGCAGGCUAUUGAAGAUGAGGGAGGAGAUCCAGAUAAUAUUGAAAUAACUGUCUCAGCUGAUACCCCAAACAAGAAACCAACAAAAGGAAAAGGUAAGAAGCAGGAAAACGAUGAACUAAGUGGGGAUGCUUCAGUGGAAGAUGACUCCUUAGUCAAGGAAUGUGAGCUGGAAGCUCAGGAGGCAAGUGACCAGGACGGAAAUGAUGAAUUGAAAGACUCUGAAGAAUCGGUGGAGAACGAAGAUGACUCUAAAGUACUGCUUUCUGUUGAGAAGAAGAAAGCUAAUUCGAAGCGACCUGAAAAGGACUUGGAAAACCAGGAUGGAGAAGAAGAGAAUGAGAAAGAUAAAGCAGGUUCUGGUGAUGGUACACAAGAAGUAUCUAAGCCUCUUCCUUCAGAAGAGAGCCUAGCUGAGGCUGAUCACUCUGCUCAUGAAGAGGUGGAAGCAAACGCGUCUGGGAAAGAAGCUGAGGAUGAUAACAUAUCGGUUACAAUCCAGGCUGAAGAUGCCAUCACUCUAGAUUUUGAUGGCGAUGACCUUCUAGAAACAGGUAAAAAUCUGAAAAUUACAGAUUCAGAAGCAAGUAAGCCAAAAGAUGGGCAGGAUGCCAGUGCGCCAAGCCUGGAGAAGGAAGGCAAGAAUUAUGAGAUGACUGAGAACCAUAAAGAUGGUAAGAAGGAAGACGGCAUGAAAGGGGAUCCUGUCAAGAAAGAAGCCCGAGAAGGCUCGAAGAAAGCAGACUCUGGAGACAAAGACAAGGAUACUUUGAAGAAAGGUCCCUCGUCUACUGGGGCCACUGGUCAAGCAAAGAGCUCUACUAAGGAAUCUAAAGAAAGCAAGACUGCAUCAAAGGAUGACAAAGGCAGCGCAAGCAGUGGCAGCGGCAGCAGCUCAACUAGGAACUUGUGGGUGAGCGGCUUGUCUUCCAACACAAAAGCUGCUGACUUGAAAAAUCUCUUCGGCAAAUAUGGGAAGGUCCUGGCUGCAAAAGUGGUCACAAAUGCCCGAAGCCCUGGAGCCAAGUGCUACGGCAUCGUGACCAUGUCCUCAAGCACGGAAGUGGCCAGGUGCAUAGCUCACCUUCAUCGAACAGAGUUGCAUGGGCAGCAGAUUUCUGUGGAGAAAGUAAAAGGCGAUCCUUCCAAGAAAGAGCUGAAGAAAGAAGGUGAUGAGAAAUCAGGUUCUGGCAGGAACCCCGGAGAGAAGAAAGUGGCCUCAAGUGAUAAAUCCAGCAAGGCCCCAUCCAAAAAAGAUGAUAAGAGGUCUGACAAGUCUGAGAAGAAAGAGAGCAAGGAUGCAAAGAAGCCCGAAAGUAAAGAUGAGAAGAGCGAUAACGGAACCAGCGGCCCUGCUCAAGAGCCUGCUAAAACACCUGAGGAAAAGAAGCGAAUCAGUGUGAAAAGCCCCGGUCGUAUGGUAGUCCUUGACCAAACAAAAAGAGAACAAGUGUACCCAAGGCGAAUUCGAAGGGGGAGGUUUGACAAGCCACAGAUAAUAAGAAACAAAGAGUGUUUUCUUCAAGAUAAAAUGAAGUUCAGAGACUACAGACCCAGGAAGAUUAUCUUGCCUUUUGAGAAAAUGAAGGAGCAGAGAAUGCGGGAGCACAUGGUUCGCCUGGAACGGAUACGGCGUGCUGUAGAGCUACGAAGGCGAAGAGAAAUUGCUGAGCGUGAGAGGCGUGAGAGGGAACGCAUUCGGCUUAUCCGCGAGCGUGAGGAACGUGAGCGCUUGCAGAGAGAGCGAGAACGGCUUGAAAUCGAAAGACAAAAAUUAGAGAGGGAGAGAAUGGAACGCGAACGCUUGGAAAGAGAACGCAUUCGGAUUGAGCAGGAGCGUCGCAAGGAAGCUGAGCGGAUUGCUCGGGAAAGAGAAGAGCUUCGACGUCAGCAGCAACAGCUUCGUUACGAGCAAGAGAAAAGAAACUCUCUGAAACGGCCUCGUGAUGUUGACCACAGGAGAGAUGAACCCUACUGGAAUGAAAGCAAGAAGAUGUCCUUGGACACAGAUGCUCGUUUCAGCCAUGGCUCUGAAUACAAUCGCCAGCAGAACCGCUUUAGUGACUUUGACCACAGGGACAGGGGUCGAUACCCAGAGGGGUCCUCUGUGCAGUCAUCAUCUUUUGAGAGGCGUGAGCGAUUUGUAAACCAAGGAGAUGGAAAGAAGGCGCGGCCCACUGCAAGAAGAGAAGAGCCUGGGUUUGAGCGGUACCCCAAGAACUUCAAUGAAUCCAGAAGAAAUGAGCCCCCCCAGCCCAGAAACGAACUUCGAGACACUGAUAGACGGGAAGUCAGAGGAGACAGAGAUGAGAGGAGGACUGUGAUCAUUCACGAGAGGCCGGAGAUCCCCCAUAGCCGCCACCCACGAGAGGCUGGACCCAACCCACCCCGGCAGGCUUCUUGGAAAAAUGAAGGAAGCAUCAACCCUGACAAACGGGAUGCCAGGGAGAGGCCAGAAAGGUCCGGCAGAGAAGUCUCUGGGCAUACAGUGAGAGGCGCACCCACUGGUAGCCGUAGCAGCACCUCUGGCUAUGGGAGCAGGGAGGCAGAGCGAGGCGUGAUGGAACGCGGAAGUGGGGGACAGCAUUAUAGUGAAGAUCGCCAUGUGGUUGAGCGGCACAGCCGUGAGAGUGGACCUAGGAAGGAAUGGCACGGUCCUAGUUCGCAGGGCAGUGGCUACCAUGAUGCGAGGCGGAUGGGAGACAGCCGAGCUGGAGGCAGCAUGAUGUCUCCCCACUCAAGUAACUCUUCACCCAUUAACAGAGUUGUACAGAUCACAGGCAGUUCCAUGCAGAGGGGAAGUGGUUCUGGAUUUAAGCCGUUCAAGGGUGGACCACCGCGAAGAUUCUGAUCCUGAGCACCUUGGUUUCAAGAUAACUUAUUGGAAAUCUCUCGUGAACAAGAAACCUGGGCUGGAAACCUUGUAUUUUUUAUUUUAACAUAAUUUCCUCCUCUUUGGGGAGGCAUUUUAAAAUAAGUUAGGUUGUUGGGUUUUGGCUAGUUCAUUGUACCUUUGGAUGAACGUCUCUCCCCUGUAGCACUAGGAGCUCUGCAGCAGACCAGAACUGGACCUGUGGUGGCAGCUGUACAAAUGGAGGGGGGCGGGGCUUACUUUGCGCCUGUAGUUUAAUUUUACCAGCAUUAGCUCUGUGGUGUCAGGCUUGAAAACUAGGUACUUCUCACGUGACCCCCACCCCCCACACUAACUGAGCUGUACAUCAGCCCCCUGCUUUUACGCCUGGUAGAGACCAAGGUUGGGUUGGUUUCAUUUCUGGGUAUUAUGUAACCUAUUUUUGCAAAAGUUGUUCCACUGAGUGAACCUGUAUUCUGGCUUAUGUAUCCUUUUGAAAUAAACCUUCAUAAUCUAUAAA